AUGGAAAGUGUUUGUCGUGACACUUUUGGAUAUUUCAAUGCAAGUAUAUUUAAAUUGUGGACAUGUUCUCUUUGUUUUUCAUACCUCUUCCAAGAUUCAGCUCAUCUGAGUCCAAACCGGAAUACAUCGUAUCCGUUACUUAUUUCCAAAUAUAAUGACUUAGGAUUAAUUCCGGAUGUUUCAAAUACCAGUGCUACGUUAGAAGUUUGUAAAUAUUUGGAUGGAACAAGUUGUGAGAGAUGGAAAAGUUGUUGUCGGUCGGCUGUCGAAUGUUGCAAAUCGCAAGUAUCAGAAAGAGAAUUAAAACACAAAACACUGUCCACCUUGCAAUGUCCCAAAACAUGGGAUGGAUUUGGAUGUGUUUCGGAAGCAAAUGCUGGAAGUAUUGCUGAUAUUAGAUGUCCUAAUUUUGUUCAGUACGGAUUUUCAUCAGAUUACGGUACGAAGAAAUGUACAAAGAAUGGCACAUGGUGGAGGGAUCCAGUUUCUAACAGGGAAUGGACGGACUAUACACCAUGUCUUAAUCUUAGGAUCUACAAGACUAUGGUGUAUGUAGGUGUUAUUUGUUGUAGCAUCAGUUUGAUUCUACUCAUACCAGCUUCUCUUACAUUUGUAUGUCUAAGGCAAUUGAGAACUCAGAAUAGAAUCCGUCUUCAUCUUUGUUUAUUUUUAUCUUUCAUCCUGACUUGUGUAACAACAUUGAUGUGGGACAUAUUUAUAUACAACGACCGUCUGGACAAUCCCGCAUCAAAGACUAGAAUGCAGCAGAAUACAAUAAUUUGUCGUGUUUUAUACACAUUUAACAGAUAUGCUAAUUCAAGUAACUAUUUCUGGAUGUUUUGUGAAGGGUAUUACUUACACAAACUGGUGUUACACGCUUUUAAAGUACCAACAAAUCUCGCUUGGUAUUACAUUGUUGGCUGGGGCGGGGCAUUGACACCUGUUAUAGCUUACCUGAUCAUAAGAUUACAAACAGCAGAUAACGAAUGUUGGGUAAAAAAUAUUGGGAUUUAUGAGUGGAUUAUUUACAUCCCAAACCUACUUUGCAUAUUGAUGAACAUGGUAUUUCUAUGUAGUAUACUCAAGAUUCUCUUGACGGGGUUACAAAAUCAUCCAAAUGAACCAAGCAAUUUUAGACGUGGCAUCAAAGCAACAUUCUUACUGGUACCAUUAUUUGGUAUUCAGCUAUUCUUUAUCAUCUACCGACCACCAGAGGAAACAGCAUACAGAUUUCCAUACGAAGUUAUUUCAAAAUUGAUUAUUGAUUCUCAGGGAACAAUAGUAUCGCUGGUCUUUUGUUAUAUGAAUUCAGAGGUACAUUCAUCAUUGAAAUAUUGUUGGCAUGGCACUGAAUUACCCUGUACCCGAGGAAACCAAAGAGACUUUGUGCACAAUUUUUCUGCUAGUCACAUAUCACUCACAAACAUUCGUUCACCUAUUCAAAUGAAUGGAUAUAACAAAGCUUUCAAACCCAAGAAAGCUAUCAAAAUAGAUGACAAAACACACGAAUACGUAUUUGCGUAA